CAUCGAUUCUGCCACAUAACCAUUAUGGCUGCCAAACAUUGCCGAUGUUUUUGAAAUGCUGUGAUUUUUUUCCCCUUUUUCUCAAAACCCUGGAUGAUGUACUCCUUGAAAAGAAAACUACUUAUGGACAGAUAGAAGCGGAGUUGUUCUGUGAGGAGAUGUUUUACUCGGUGCAAGUCGGAGAUACGGUUUUUGUCGUCUUGAAACGCUACCAAAAUCUUCAACCUAUUGGUUCGGGAGCGCAAGGAAUGGUCUGUGCUGCUAUAGACACAUUGACAGGUAAAAAGGUUGCGAUCAAGAAACUAAGCCGUCCUUUCCAGAAUGUUACUCAUGCUAAAAGAGCUUACAGAGAACUGGUUCUCAUGAAAAUGGUCAACCAUAAAAAUAUUAUUGGGCUUUUGAAUGUCUUCACACCAGACAGGAACUUACAAGAAUUUAAUGACUUGUAUUUAGUGAUGGAACUAAUGGAUGCUAGUUUGUGUCAAGUUAUUCAGAUGGAUUUAGAUCAUGAAAGACUAUCAUACCUUCUCUACCAGAUGCUUUGUGGAGUUAAGCACCUUCAUGAUGCAGAUAUUAUACACAGGGAUCUCAAACCCAGUAAUAUAGUCGUCAAAUCUGAUUGUUCGCUCAAGAUUUUAGAUUUUGGUUUGGCAAGGACAGCAGGAUCUGCCUUCAUGAUGACACCAUAUGUGGUAACACGGUAUUACAGAGCACCUGAGGUUAUCCUUGGUAUGGGAUAUAGUGAUAAUGUGGAUGUCUGGUCUAUUGGAUGUAUAUUAGCAGAGAUGAUACGGGGACAUGUCAUGUUUCCUGGAAGUGAUCACAUUGAUCAAUGGAAUAAAGUUACAGAACAGCUAGGGACUCCAUCAGAAUCCUUUCUUAAUCAGCUACAACCAUCGGUUCGAAUGUAUUGCACCAGAAGACCUAGACAGCCUGGUUAUUCCUGUGAAACUCUCUUCCCUGAUGAACUAUUCCCCCCUGGAAAUAAACUUAAAGCUGCUCAAUGCCGAGAUUUACUAUCCAAGAUGCUUGUUAUUGACCCAGCAAAGAGAAUCAAUGUUGUUGAUGCAAUGAAUCACCCUUAUGUAAAUGUCUGGUAUGAUGCAAGUGAAGUCGAAUGUCCUGUUACCAAGAAGUAUGAUCACUCAAUAGAUGCACAAGAACACACUGUAGAAGAAUGGAAAAAAUUAAUAUAUCAACAAGUAUUAUCAUAUGACAGUAGUCAACAUGAUACCAUACCCAUGGAGGGCAAUGGUGACGUGACUCAGUCAAACUCUACUUCUAGUAUAUCAUCAAGUGGGUCUGAAGCCAACAUAAAGAAACAAAGUAAACGUAAAAAGAGAGACACACCAGGGACUUCCAAUAUUAGUGCCAGAAUCAGACAGAUGAUCAAGGGUGAUGAUUGAUUCGUAACUCCUUGAAGACUCAAUCCAAUAUUAAACACUGCGCAACACAAGACCAACCCAAGAAUAUCCUCUACUGGUUUGGCAACAAUUUCAUCAAUGCCUAUAUAUGUCACCGUUACUUCAGAACUGUUUAAACUUGAAGAACAUCUUAGGAAGAUUGUUUGGAACCAUUGAGAAAGAAUAAUAUUGCAAGGUGAAAUAGUUUUAUACAUAAAAAGAAUGAAAAGCUACUUAGCUAAGAGUUAAGUAUUCUUGUCGAAUGUAGAGAGUGAGAGUUGUACAACGGCGACUGUCAUAAAGAACUAAUACUAGAUGAGGUACACAGAUCAACUUAAUCAUAACUAUUAAACUAGUUAAGCCCUGGUUUGUUUUUUUUUUAACCCAAUAGACUCUUUUCUCAACACUGUGCAUGCUUAUGAAUGAGGAAAAGAAUCUUCAAAACUCUGUAAUAAUGACUAACAACGUUGAAUUUUAUCAAAGCAGAAACAACCUCUUUGUGGAUGAAUGUGCAUGCACGAGAAAAGGGUCUAUUUAUCCAAUCAUAUAUUGCAGAUGCAAUUCAGUAAAAAUUGGAUGAGAUUCAUUAAUCAUGGGUUUUGAUUGGUUUGAAGAGAGGUUCACUGUUUAGUAGUUUCCUCAUCGUACUGUACUCUGUCAACUUUGAUUACUGUAGUUGGUGAUUUUUUAAACCAUUGAUAGUAAGAAUGGUUUUACUUAAACCUUGAACUGUUAGUAAGACUAAAUAGAAGUUAGUGGAUCUUAUUUCCAUGUCAGCUUGACUAUCACACUGAUUUAUAAAUAAGUUAGUUUUUAUUUCAUGAAUAAGUACAAUCACUAAGUUUGCUUCACCAAAUUUCAAAACCAAACUAUCGCAGGAGGAUGUAGAAAACUAAAGAACUUCAUACUUAGCUUUAAAUGCUUCGUGACAUUUCAAUGUCUGUUUGUCUGUCUGUCUGUUUAUGUC